UACCCUGAGUACAGACUGAAGAAAGCCAACAGCAGUGCUUGACGAAGGUACUCCUACAACACAAGAGACAGACAAUGAGUGAGUGGAGCGUAGUGUUAGUGAGUGGCCACCUCAGUUAGUGCGGGAUGUACAAGACAGUGCGUCAAGGCGAGAACUCCCUCCAGUACCACAUCCUUCCGCAGGAUGACGUCGGUUCUGGCCACGUGAUGAAGCGCAGGCGCUCCACACGCCACCGGACCGCGUUCAUCCUGGUGAUCACGCUGAUCCUGGGAUGUGCCAUCGUCGCCGCGGCUGUGCUGAUCCCCGUGCUGAUGGCCUCUAAUGUGGUGACUCUCCCCGCGAGGUUCCAGACAUUCGCCGUAGCCGCUUCUAGCGUCAACAUGAAAGCCCACGGCAAGUACACUCUGCAAGGCGCCCAGUACAUCGCCUUGCUGCCGGUCAAGGACCCCCUCGGUCACUUUAACGCAUAUCAAAUCAAACCUUCCAUCCUGACCACGACAACCACGACCACGACUACGACCACGACACCCAAGCCGACUACGACCAUGACGACUGCAAGUCCUCUAACGACGGAGGUGUUCAGGAUAAAAGACACGAAAGAGAGUGGUCUGCGAGGGGUGAGGACGGAGAACAACGACCCUCACAGACCACACGAUAGCACCAUUCUGACAUCAAGAGGGGAGCUGCAUCGACCACGGUGGAUGCCAAAUCCCUACAUGCCUUGGGUGGAACACAAGGGCGGCGCCCUGAUGUUAAGUUUGGGGGUGGCUCUAGUAAUGCUGCUAGCCACCGCUACUUUAGGGUUGUGCCUUUACCUCCGGCGACGGGCGUUCAACACAAGGAGAGAUGUGGAACGAGACAAGGGCACCCUCCUGGCUGAGGUGUCAGGUGACGAAGACUGAGGAUGACAUGUCACCCACACUGUAACUCUCAGGGAAAAUGGCUGACAUCACUCUACAACCCUCAUAAACCUCAUAUUUUUUCAUGUAUACCUCUCGAAGCUAUUUUAUUACUUAAGUUAUUUGAUUUAUAAAAAUAUUUGUGCGCUGACUUAAAUUUAAUACGACUUGUACUGUACACAUUAAAAUAGAUGUUCUUAAAAUGGUACUGUUGUAACAUUGUAAUUAUCAAUAUAUUGGAAGUUAUAUUUUACUAGUUUUAUUUCCUGUAUAAAUGAGAACUCUAAAAAUAAUUUUAAAAAGUACAAGUUCCUCAUCAUUAAAAUAAGAGAAAAAAACUAAUGUUCUUGUUUUCAAAAACAUGUAUAAUGUUAACUAUUAUUUUAUUUCUGCAUUGAAAAUAUUUUAAUAUUGCAGUAUUUUCAAGAUAAUAAGUCUCUCAAAACCAACGUAUUUUUGUUAGCUAAUGCAUGU